UUACAAACACAGAAAAUGCUGCCGUUAUCGGUUUGUCUUCAUAGUGAAGGAGUAUACAAUAUCGUCACUGCUCUUUUUUGCUACCGAAUUUUGGUACCCCACUUUAGUAACGAUUCCAAAAUUUCCUGGGAAGCUGACUUUCAAAACGGGAAUUAUAGAUUUAUAUCAACUUCCGAAAAUGACGCCUUUUCUCAAGGAUACUCUUUCGUUCCCGAUAUAAACAACGAGACGAACUCUGAAAUAGCGUGCAUCGGUUUGACCAAAGCCGAUUGCCAACGUUGGAUUUCCUGUUCAAGGACGGCAAGGAAUUGCUGUGAGAGACACAAGGCCACCAAUGCGUCGAGGUUUACUUUAGAAUCACACUGUGAAGCGACAUGGGAUGGAGUAUCCUGCUUUGAUUCUACACUUAAUGGAACAGUUGUAGACACGGAAUGUCCCUCAUUUUACAUCCCUACUGAAGGAUCAGUGACAGCCUCGAAAACCUGUUUAUCCAGCGGUAAAUGGCACACACCAGAGGCGGGACUUUUUGUUGAUGGGAUAAUACAUACUUACUUUGUCUGUAAGCAGCGGGGAACAAGGGAGAUUGUUGGAGCAGAAUUAAUUGAGACUCAACGAUUGGUAACUCUGAUAACAAAUUCCAUCAGCCUACCUGUUCUCGUACUAUCCCUGGUUGUCCUGGCCUGCUUUAAAUCCCAGGGAAAUACUGCUUCUGUUGAUAAAUCACGGAGGGUGUUCCAGAUCCACGGUCAUUUCUUGUCUUCUCUGAUUCUAGUGGGAGUUUUAAGUUUAAUUUGGGACGAAGUGUUUGUUAGAAAUCACAUUGAGAAAAUCCACGACAAAACAAGUUGGAUAGCAUUGAACUUAGCAUCCUGCAAGUUAAUAAACUGUCUACAGAAAUAUUUUAGAUCAACCACAUAUUUCUGGAUGUUUGUGGAGGGUUUAAAUGUCCUAAUUCCAUUGUAUCAGACUUUUAAUAGAGAAAUGGGGAUGCCACUUAUGUGCUUUUUAGGAUGGGGUUUCCCGCUUAUAACAGUUGCCGUAUAUGCAAUUUUAAGAUCAACAAUUGAGCGCUACAAUUUUAAGUGCUGGAUUUACACUUUUCUCGAGAUAGAAUGGAUAAUAUGGGGCCCAAACUACUUGACAAUCUUAUGCAAUUUAAUUUUCCUGAUAGUUAUAGUGAGGGCCAUAGUAAAAAAGAAUAAAGAAAAGAAACAACACAGAAGUCCAUCAAUGAUUCCGAAGCCUCUCCGCUCAUUGAUGUUUCUCAUUCCAUUGUUUGGGAUAAACUUCAUUUUUGUCUGGGUUACGUAUGCCACAAAUAGUGACUGGCCAUUCAUUCUUGGUAGAUUUGUGGAAGGCAUUGAGGGUGUGUUUGUUUGUAUACUCUGGGUUGCGUGUAGCAAACAGGUGCAAAAGAAUGUCACAAGAACUACUCAACGAAAAUUUCCAAACUUAUUUGUGCGGUUCAAAGGACGGAAAUUCAGCACGUCGUCUUGCACACACUUGACACAAGCUAUACAUCCAAUAAAUACAAUGCCAAAUAUUUACAUUCACAAUAAAUUCCAAGACAUCUCAACGGUUCCUAAUAGCGUGGAGGUACAAAGAAUUUCAUUGGAGGGAAGUCAGAACCCGGAUGUGUAUACACUGACAGAGCAGGACUGUAGUCAAGAGGAAAAAAGGCUCUCCCCGGAGGACAGCCAAAAUAUGUAGUAACAAAGGUUUUCAUUGGGGAAAUAUAACGUCGGUGGCAAACGGAAUUUAAUAUGUUUUCAAUUCAUAGAAUUAUAUUAAUUUCUUUAAAUUUUCCUAUAUAUGUGUGUUGAUUUUACAGUUUGUGUUAUUCAAAAAUAUAUAUUCCAACAAAAGGAGACAGCGUAAACUGAACUUGCAGUUUAUAAUUAAAUUAUUUUCUUCUAAUGUCUUGUCAAUAUAGUGGAUUUAUUUGCUAAAGCAAUGAGUUAGGUUAAGUGUGUUUGUACAUUAAGGAUAAACCAAAGGUUUCCAAAUGCCGGAAUUUAAUUUGCAUGUAAUUCUUUCAUUAUCAAAGAUAACAUAAUAAAUGUAUGUAUCAUUUGAAAGCUUGUUAAAUUCACUAUUUAAUUAUCCUAAUUUAAACUUUAAUUAAUAACUUAUUUAAAAAUUAUUUAAAUAUUAAUGUAAAUUUUAGUGCAUAAAUAUUUUAUAAAUCAACUUUUUUGUAUUUAACCCCUCAAAGUGGUAAUUUUGCCUCAAGGUAGAUUAAAGAUUGAACUUAAAAACUGUAUCUCAGAUUUUUGAUAAAUCUUCUAAUUCAGAAGUUACAGCCUUUUGUCCUUCAAUGUUAACAAUUUAUUAACCUAAUUUAACAUUUCCCUCAAUAAUUCCAAAACUAAGCUAGAUAUCAAAAAUCUGAGAUACGGUUUUGUGAACACACAUUUGAUAAAUAACCCAUCCAAUUUUCAGAGAAACUGGUCAAUAAAUAAGGGAGCUGAAUCCUUUGAAAUAAUACCACAAACUGUCUGAUCUUACUUUACAGUAGAGGGCAAAAACCCAUUACACAACAAAAUCUGCCAAAGCUAGGAAUAUAUGACACCUUGGAGAUUCAGCUUUGGAUACCUGUCACUUAGCCAAAUUUUCCAUGCAUAUAUACAAGAAUGGGAGGUUCUUUUCUGUAUUUAGAUGCUUUUAAUUAAGUAAAAUAGGUUCAAUUCUGAAUUAGAAAGAUUUCCCGGCAAAAUGGCAAGAGCUAAGCUCCACCUCCUAUUUUAUGGUCAUCAGUGAUCUGUUAGAUCUCCUUCUCUAAAUCUAGAGUCCCUGUAGUUUAAUUACUGAUAACCUCUGUGUGGCUAUUGAAGAAUUCCCCAAGUGGUCACAGUGAUUUAUUGCGUCUUUCAUGAGCAGGCAGUCACAGAUCAAAUCAGAAGCUUCAAUAACGGAACAUUCACAUGUGGUAGUGUUUAUGUUUCAUUAUUGUUAAAUAAUUAGAAAACCAUUUCAUAAUUACCAAAAAUUUUACGUGCAUUAUAAAGCAGUGAUUAACUUCUUUUUCUUAGCCAAAAAUCUCAAAAUUGUUGAAAAUCUUGAAAAAAGCCUUUGGUGUAUCCUUAACAUUUCAGAUUGAUGAAAAAUAUAAGUUACCUUUUCAUCUGAAGAACAUGCAUAAACAUUUUGGAUAUGGUUUAUCCCCAUUACUUUUGGAACUGCUGUGAGAUUUAUCUAUUUAUACAACGUUUCAUUCUUUUUUCUCACAAUCAGUUUUUUUAAUUGAGUUUCACAGAAAGAUGUGCAGGUUUGUAUCGAUGUAUUUUGUGUACCAGAUCGCCCCUGUAAGGAAACAACUUUUUUUUAGUCAGAAGAGGAUUUUAGGUGUAUCGCUGAAGGAACGUUAUAUUUCCUGUGUUUUAAUAUUCUACCUCUACAUUUUCUACCUCUCACUGACUUAUAUCAGUUUUCAGUUGACUUAAUUAUCUUAAGGUUUUAGCCUGAUUGUAUAUCAAUGAAUAUUUUACUUUUUUGAAAAGCAAAAAUCAGAUAGAAGGAUUUGUUUGCUCUUCAGUUGAUCUGGCUUAUAAAGUUCACAUAUUUAUUCAAAGAAGGUAGUGCUUUAGCAACGUAUUAUAAAAUGAAUAAUGAUAUCACAUGUCAAAAAUAUUUUGUUUCUUCUUUUUCUGUUGCCAAGAUCAAAUUUUUAAGCAGAAUGGCAUUGAAAAGGCGUGAUAUGAUCUCAACUUUGUAACAUAUUUGUUUUUAAUAAUAAAACUUUACAUUUUAAUAAAACAAAUACUUCACAGA